AUGGAGAUUGAACGAAAGAUUGCGCCGGCGGGCGCCGAGAAUCGCAAGAGAGACCACCAAGGUGGUCGCGGGAACCAAGGCGGCCGUGGAAAUAAGAGGCAGAAGACACAAAAACAAAAACCAGUCAAGGAAGGAUCAACAGAAGAGGUGUUGUUGGCAGAUGUGACGGACCUCUUUUCGAGGCAGCGACUGGAAGACCCCAAGCAUGGCGAAGCUAGCAUCGCAGAGGGCGAGUCAGAAUCGAAGACGAGCCUACCAGCACCAUUCACAGAACUCGAUGUGAAAGUGUUGGAGAUAUCAUCUACGGGCGAUGGGUUGGCUGUAGCCCCUGGCUCAGACCAGAUUUACGUCGUCCCAUUCACGGCACCAGGCGACAUUGCGCGAGUCAAAGUCAUCAAGCAUUUUGAGAAGCACCACUACUCUCUCGCCGAUUUCCUCAGUGUCGUCGAGCCAUCACCACUCCGAGACGAUAGUCGAAUUGGCUGCCAGUAUUUCUCCAAAUGCUCGGGCUGCCAAUUCCAGAUGCUUGAUUACCCCGCUCAACUAGACCACAAGAAGUCCAUCGUCGAAAAAGCUUACAAGAACUUCUCACAUAUUCCAACAGAGCUGGUACCCGCUGUUCUAAAUACGAUGGGCAGUCCAUUACAAUACAACUACCGCACGAAGCUCACGCCCCAUUUUGACGGGCCGCCAGGAUAUAGGAGUCGCGCCGAUGCAAGGGCAGGCAUUAAGAAGGAAUUCGAGAAGACCCCAGAGAUUGGCUUCAUGCAGAAGAAUCGCCGCAUAACUCUGGACAUUGAGGACUGUCCGAUCGGCACUGACGCCGUUAGAAAGGGAAUGAAGAGCGAGCGCGCCCGCGUAGCCGUCGAGCUGGACAAGUACAAGCGUGGUGCUACGAUUCUGCUCCGCGAGUCCACUCAGCGAGUGCCCAACUCCGAACUCCCGUCGCCCAUCCCGGAGAACACAAUCGCUGUCCCAGUCGAGGGCACCGAGACUACAGAUCUCAAAACAUGCAUCACUGACAAUAACGCCACCUCAACCGAAUACAUUGAGGACUUCACUUUCACAAACCCCGCUGGUGCUUUCUUCCAGAACAACAACUCUAUCCUCCCACCAUUUACACAGUACAUCCGCGAAAACAUUAUCCCCCCCGUUUCCUCGAGCGAACUGCCAGUCAAGUAUCUAAUCGACGCCUAUUCCGGCUCUGGCCUCUUCACCAUCACCCUCUCCUCCCUCUUCGAAUCUAGCACCGGAAUCGACAUCUCCAUUGAUUUCGCCUCCAAGAACGCAUCUCUCAACAAUAUCCCCGAGUCCAAAGCCUCCUUUCUCGCCGCCGACGCUCCUGAACUCUUCAAAUCCGUUACAUACCCAGCCGACGAAACGGUGGUGGUAAUUGACCCGCCGAGAAAAGGCUGUGAUGAUAGUUUCCUCAGACAGUUACUCAGCUUCGGCCCAAGGAGAGUGGUCUAUGUGAGCUGUAAUGUUCACACGCAAGCUCGUGAUGUGGGUGUUAUGGUACACGGGUACGUUAAUGGAAAGGAUGGGCAUGGAGGGUUGGGCAGGAGGUAUAAGAUUGAGAGCAUCAGAGGGUUCGACUUUUUCCCCCAAACCGGGCACGUAGAGGGUGUUGCCGUGUUAUCGAGGAUUGAUGAGCAUGAGCCUCUGCCAGAAAUCCUAGUUACGGAUGUAAGGGGGGGGGUGGAAGAGAAGCUGGGCGCAGAUGUGGCUGAUGCAGAGGGUAUCAUCGCAACUGGUGCAGUUGAGGGUGUGAAGCCAACAAGCGAUGCAUAA